AAGCCAUUUAACCUAAACCGUUUCGAUAAUGUUUUCAUGUAGGCCUAUAUACAUUAUAGAGUUAGUAAUCGUGUAUUGCGUGUUUUAGCUUCAAGUCUUAUUUCCAGAAGUAAAACUUUAUAUAAAACGUGUAACACUAUUAAGUCUGUGCAUAUAGCAUAGAUUACUAAAUAAAAAUGUGUUUUAGUAUACAAAGGUAUCACAAAAACAUAUAUUUAAACCAAAUAAUGUUGUUGUUUCGUAACCACAGUACAUUGGCACAAAAAUAUGUUUCUAAACAUUUAUUAUUUUUCUUUACAAUAUUCGUCAAGUUAUACACGCGUGAAUUGCUAUAAAAGUAAAGCUUAUGUUACGACUUUUUUAACCGUGUAUACAACGAUCGUACUAAAAUUGAAUUAUUCCGGUUCGGAUAAUUUCCGAUGUGAACCGCUUGCACGGAUCGGUUAAAACGUAAUUACGACGUGUUUGCUAGACGACGAGUCUGCAGCAAAUCGACCCGUGGGAAAUCUAGCUUGUCCUAUGUAAAGCGAACUUUAUUUGGUUAACGUAAUUGUCACUCUUAAUGUCAGAUGAUUUGUCUGCCUGAUCAGUUCGCAUCGAUGCGCUGAUCGACAGUUUUGAGCCAUAUUUCACUCGUUCAAACGACCAAUGUAAACGCAGUCCACAUUACAUUGCUCAGUUUCAAACAAAACAUUUUCAAAUCCAGCAUGACAACUGAACGUCUUAUUUUAUUUGAUGACGUCAUGUUUUACGCACCAAAACAACUUUUAAUUACGCAGGCAUAUUAAAAUUCUUAUGGCACAUGUUACGUAUUUAUGAACACUUUAAUGACAUUACUCAUUAAAUCGCAUUUAUGGUCGUUCACGUUAAGAGUUUUUGUAAAUGAUAGCGGCAUGCAUUACUGCAGUCAGGUAGAUAAACUCACAAGAGCAAAGCGUCAUUCCCAGCUGCUAUAACGUCAUUUCUGCGGCCACUAUUUCCGUCAGAAGUGGAAAAGACAACGGUCGAUGUAACGAUUUAGAUUCUUCAAUUAUUUAUUGUCGUUUCGCUGGCGAAUGUAACCAUUUCGGGUUCAUGUUUUAAAGUUGUCACUUGGAAGUAAGCUUGUUCAUCGCUAAGACAGUUACAGCUACAGUGGAUCGGCUUGAUCGAUUUUAAAACACGAGUCAUUGCUCGCCCGGAUUCCAAUUUAAUCGCCACCAAAGGUCUAGCAGACGCAGAUUGAGUGAGACAGAAACAGUAGUCGCAGAGAGAAUGUGCUUUCCAGCUUUUAUGGUCCUCCCUUUUGCGUAGGCGGACCUCCACUUUUAAUUAAACUGUCACCUCUGAUCGUUACUUUAGAUAAAAAUGACGAAAUAUUUAUAUAUAACUUUUCAGAAAGUCGUUUAUGAAGAUGAGAAUGAGAAGAUUUUAGCUUCCAGUGCAGCAUUUUAAACCAUCAGUAAUGUUUAAACACUUUUAUCUCGUUAAAGAGUUAUAUAUGUCUUGCGAUCCGUAGCAAAUAUCCAUCAGUUAUGAAUAAUUUAUCAGUUACCCUUCAACGCUCGUCACGCAUGUGUGUUAAUGUUGUCAUAUACGAAUACUGAAAUAUCGCCUACAGGCUAAUUUUUAGCCAGGAAGAAUAUUUGUUGUGUUUACGAAAGCAGAUCAAGGAAGUGACUUGAAUUAGCUGCUAUUUUUUCGGGGCAUGUGCUUAGCAAAGCUAUCAUAUCAACGUCUGUUGAAUUUCCCUGUACUGGCGGGCUUGACCCGUCUAUAUGACGUAACAGUGGUGUGUAUUAAAGGACGUAGUAGACGUACGGUGUAAUUGGUAAUACUACUGUACUGUAUAUAAAGCGACAGACCGAGAUUGCGAUUUAUAAACUAGAAUAUGAUAUUAUUUCGCUUGUUCGCCAUUUAUUGAAGAAACUAACAAAGUAGUCAAGCACUGGACGGAAGAAUUAAACAGUUUUAUAUUGGUAUUAGCAUUUCAACUAUGACCACGUACAGUACCGAGGCAACUUCGAGCUGGACCACGCAACAUAACAAUUCCAGCGCCAAAUGCGAACCUCCAAACAUAGUACAGUUUUAUGCGGAAGGUAUUCCUGCGUAUGUCUUCCUUCCUUUCCAUGUGUUUCUCGUCAUAUCACUUACAGUUUUCAGGAGGAACUUGCAUCGACGUGUGGUGAACCUUUACAUUCUGAACGUGGUAGCCGCUAACACGCUGUCUUGUUUGUGGAGGUGUGUUCAAUACUCUGUCGAUCUGCAACUUUGGAAGUAUAAACAUGAAGAACUUAUAAGCUGGGGAAGCGGCCUUAACUUGUGGUGGCUUAUUUCAAUUUCUAUGUCAAUGACGCUUCUUCUCGGGUCCACUGGCUCGAUUAUGCUCGCCAUAAUGGCGAUGCGCAACUCAGUGUUCCAUGUACACAGAACAGUAGCGGGAUUCAGUGUUUACCAACAACCUGAGGAAGACAUCCCAGCAGCGGUGGUGCAGCACCGUACCAAGUUUAAAGCGUGGCGCUCGAAAAAUCCAUCAAAAUUUGCUCUGGGCUUGAUUUCGGUAAACUGGCUCGUCGCAAUUUUGUUUCUUAUAGUAAGUCUUUCAUUGCAAGACUGCCUAGCGACUUGUGAAUGUCUGUUCGGCUUCGUAUCACGAAGUGAAAUGAACGUCUGCAAAUCACCAAAAGCAACGUGUUUAAAUAAGGACCCGCCGAUGCAUGCCAACGCUGUCAUUUUAUCCAUCGUCAUUUGGUUUCUAUCAGUUACCUCGUUGGUCGUUAUCUUAGUGAGGUUCGGCAUCGACUAUAAGAACUUUAAGUUUAAAGUAGUCGAGUCGUUAAGAGUAAAGAACAAUUCGGUUGAAACUGCAAGUCGGAACAUAUCAUCCAGAGAAGACGAUCUUGUGGUGCAAAACUCGGCAGGGCGGUCGCUGCCAACACCGGAGAGAAGAUUCCGUGCCCCUACUAGCAUGCUGCUACGGAGUUUGCGGAGGAAAAUCCUCUCACUCGUCUUCGUGUCAGUGAUCUUUGGCGCUGGAACAGGCUACCGGGAAAUACGGGACCUUAUUUCUUUUUUCCAGAGCAUUUUAAUGAAAGACACGGGCACACAACACGUUCUUAACCCGUUUUCUUCUGCUAUAGAGAUUAUAUCAUCAGUAGUUCUUUGCUGGGUUGCGCGCGGAACGCAGACUGCUUUGCGAUCAGCCUUCAGAGCCAUUAUACAUGCUCUAAACUGUCGACCUACGUGAGCAGUGUAUCAAUUGAUUUAGCAUAUACGUACACACGACUCUGUACAUUCAUUGUAUAGCUAUCUUGCCAAUAUAAACGUAAGCCUAAACAAGUAUAAUGUGAGAAUUUUCGCACUAUGGAAAUUAUUCGACAGUAUUCCAGUCUGAACCGAACAAAGCACACUCGCUAUAAAUACAUUAAAAAAGUUAGGGUGGGGUAAGAUGGGACAUGUUUUAAUUUUAUUUUCUCGUCCCAUUUAGCAGUAAUCAAAGAAUAUUAACAAAAAUAUAUAACCCCAGCUCCGCGACUCUGAAAUACCUUGUUAAUUGUUUAAAACGCGGUCAACAAAUACAUGAUUUAGAUUUUAGAUGCUAACAAGUAUCCUCUCCUACUCCGCAGUACUAUAUCAGUAAUAUUGCUUUUGGGCUAUUACAGUUUUCCUAUAUCUGUUGAAUUUCUUUGUUUCGUGCUAAUGAAGCCCUACCUGUUGCUUGUGAAAAAGCAACUUACUUUACUGCGAACAUAAACCCAAAGUAAUACAUUGGUUUUGAAAGUU